UCUUCCUCCUCCUCCUCCUCCUCCUCCUCUCUGUCCUCUCCCUGGUCUCAUUCCGUGUCUCUCUCUCCAUCAGCAGCGAGCAGGUCUGGAUGCUUGCAGAGACAGAAACAGAAACAUGGCUGUGAAUCUGGGCAAGAACAGACUGGAGCUGCUGACCGCCUACCAGGACGUCAUAGACGAGACUUCAGACACCGACUGGGCCUUGUACACAUAUGAGGAUGACAGCAAUGAUUUGACGCUGGCAUCAUCAGGAGGCGGCGGUCUGGCAGAGAUCACGCUGACCUUUGACAGCGCCAGGGUGAUGUACGGCUUCUGCAGCCUGAAGGAGCCCACCGCCGCUCUGCCACGAUACAUCCUCAUCAACUGGGUCGGCGAAGACGUGCCGGAUGCCAGGAAGUGUGCCUGUGCCAGCCACGUCGCCACCAUCGCAGACUUCUUACAGGUCAGACCCACCAUGGGGGUGGAGGUCACCGUCAACGCCAGCAGUCUGGACGACAUCGACCCGUUAGCCAUCGGGCAGCGGCUGACCAACGGGACGGCGGUGGUGGCGAGCCCGGUCCUGAGCCGCCUGAAAACCAGAGAGGAGGAACACGCAGACGUGGGCACAGUGUACGAGAAGACCAACGCAGAGGUGGAGAUGAAGAAAAUCAAUAGAGAGGAGUUUUGGGAGCAGGCCAAGCGCGAGGAGGAGGUGAGGAAGGAGGAGGAGAAGAAGAAGGUGGCAGAGGAGCGGCAGCGCUUCGAGGAGGAGCGAAUGGAGCUGGAGAAGAAAGAGCAGGAGAGCCGAGAACAGCGGUACCGCGAGAGGGAGACGCAGAUCGAGGAGCACAGGAAGAAGCUGCUGGAGGAGGAAGAGGCCAAAGAGAGGUUGCGGAACCAGACCGCCAUAGCAACAGAGCCGAGCCUCGAUGACCUGAACCUGGACAAGAAGGAGACUGAGGUAGAGGAGGCGAAGGCCAUCAUCGCUCAGCGGUCGGGAAACCCUCGAGAGUUUUUCAAGCUGAAGGAGAGAGCCAUGACCAUCAGUGUCGACACCUCACCCGUCUCCGUCCACAGGCCCGGCCGUUUGGACAGCCCGUUCUUGAGGCAGCAGCACAGUCCCAGCAGCCCCAGUCCGACCCCCCCGCCCCGGGGCGCGUCGCCCCUCCGCACCCCGCCACACGCACGGACGCAGCCCACCGCUGCAGCCGGGGACGAUGAAGGAAGCACAGAGCGCAACAUGGCCUCCGUGUCGCCCAUUCCUAAAAUAGUCACCACGUCCAUCAAAGAGGACUUCUGCAGGGAGGACGAGGAGGACUGCAGAGACGAGUGGGAUUCGGUGCCAAAGAAGGAGCAGCAAGCGCUGGUCCAGGAGUCGGCGCCCAUCAAGCCCGUGCAAAGCGUCGCCCCGCAGGCCCGCGACUCCUCCGGCUUCUCCGCGUGGGAGUCCGGGAACGACAGCCUGGUCAACCUGUGGGACAGCAGCUCCGGCCCUGACCCCAACGCCUCCCCGACCUCCAAUCUGGUGGACCUGAUGGGCGACGGCGGCGUCCCGCCCAGCACCCCCACCGCCGCCGCCAAGCCUCAGCCGCUCCUCAGCUUCGACGAGAUGAUGGACGCGACCUUCUGCUCGGCCGGCACCGCCGAGGACGACCCCGCCAGUCUUGUGGACGUGAUGGGCUCCGACCAGAUGACCCUCAGCUACCAGCAUGCACUGCAGCAUGCAUCCGGGGAGGGGAAGGAGAUCGAGGACGGACAGCGGCUGAUGACCAACGGGGAGACGCUGCUGAAAGAAGGGACUCAGGCCAGCGAGGGCUAUUUCAGCCAAUCACAGGAGGAUGAAUUCGGCCAAUCAGAUGAGUCCUCGGCUAAGCCUGCGCCGGUCUUUUAUAAUAAGCCACCAGAGAUUGACAUUACGUGCUGGGACACGGACCCCGUGGUCGACGAUGACGACGACUAACCGGCCAAUCGGACACACCGCCAACCGGACCAAGAGGAAGUAGGAAGUGCGCUUCAUGAAGAAACGAUUUUUUUUCUAAAAAACAAAAACACAAACAAACAAAAAAAAAGUAAUAAUAAUAAUAACAACAAAAUCUUGCAUCAAAACUACUUCUGUAUUAUCUUUUAGAGGAAAACAAAACAGUAGCCACCGAGAAAAAAAAACAAAAAAACAGCUGGGGUUUGAGUUAUCGUUAAAGACGGUUCGUUAAAGACGGUUCGAAGGCUCAGUUAUGGGUUUCUUUCUGUGUGUUUGUUAUUUUAUUUAUUUGUUUUUCUUUCUUUUUUUGCUAUGCAGAUGUAAUAGCUGGGAGCGGGGGGGUGGGAGGGGAACUUCUGUUUGUGUAAAUGAUUUAUUACACAUUAACGUAGCGCACUGCUGCAUAUUAGAGACAAUGAAGCCCGGUGUGUGGCAGGCAGCCGACGCACCUAGUCUGUAGUGCUUUAUAUAACACCCUAUAAACUAAUAACAGUGGAUCAUUACAGCUGCCAUGUAUAUCUUCACUCUUCUUUUUUCUUACCUCUUUUUUCACCUUUUCCUUCUGCCUUCCUCUCAAACAUAUACAGAAUUAUUCACCUCUGCAAGUCAGUUAAUCUUGUAUUUAGCCCUCGAUUUACGGGGAAAAAGGUGAAACAUUUUUAUUUAUUCUGGUGCAUCUUUUCACUUAAGAAAUUCUCAAAAUGAAAUUAUAGUAAAACAAAAUCAAGUGGCUCCGUUUUUACCUUUUUCGCUCCUUUUUUUGUAUGGUUUAAAAAAGACUGAAUUCAAGAUUAAAUGGCUUGUAACUCUGAUUGCUUUUUUUUCCAGUGCACUUUUAUUUUCUUCUUCUGCCUCCUUGUGGAUGAACUGCAGCUUCUCAAUCAAACCCUCCCCCUCUGGUUCCUCAUCAUUUUUCACCACACUUAUAUAAGAAAAGAGCUCUCUUUUUCUGCAUCUAAACUAGAUGAAUAUACUGUAGAUAUUUUUCCAACAGUUUUGUAGGAGUUCGGCUUCGAGGUAAUUAACACGAAGCCACCUAAUUAAUGAAUCCUUUGUAUGAUUCUACUGAAAUUUCUCCAAAAGAUAAUACUUUUUCCAGCAGGCCCGUCAUAACGUGGGCAUUUUGGGGAGGUUUGGGAGGCAGGACGCCCUACCCCCUUUUCCUCAGAGAUUAAUUUCACUGUUCCACUCAGACAGAGGCUGAGUUAGAUCCUGGAUGACAGAGGGGGGGGGGAGGAAACAGCUGGAAGCGAACUUGGGCCACACGAUGUUUUGCAAAUAUUAUUAUUUUUUGGGGCUUUGUUUUAAUCUGCAUGGAGAACCAGAUGUUCACGAUCUAUCACAAGCUGUCAGAUCAAGUUUAUUUAUAUAUGCCAAAAGUUUGUCUCUUCACAGGGAAGAACUAUUACAGCAAAUCAAUAACCUUUUAAAUCGUGUGAGUAUAUCCUUCCUUCACCGCUGCUAGGGACUGAAAGUUAACAUCUGUCAGACCAUUUUAAUGCGUCUCUUUUACCCGUUCUCACCGCCAACUUAUCAAUGACUGCCGCUUGGUCAGUUCCCCUCGGCAUCAGAUACCGACGCACGGAGGCACCCUUUCAACUAAAUCCACAUUAUUUAGAUUCACGGGACUAACGACAGACGUGAGAAAAUUCAACGUUGUCUUUUAGUUUAGUCACCCACCACGACUCUCUCCCACCUAGCGGACUCUCACGCACUUUAUACUACGUCAGUUGCUCUGCCCGCAUAAUAUAUCUCACGUGAGCCGUUAGUCAGUCAAGUUAAAGCAUCAGUAGGCGAGAUCGGAGUAAAUAUGAUUU